GGCGAGGGGCGGGGCGGACGCGGAGCGCAGUUAGUCUAGGGCGACUGUCGCGAGCACGUUGAGCCACCGUGUGGGUCGCGCGCAGGUAGUCAGCGGCAGUCGGAGCGGGAAGCACCGAGUAAAGGAGCCAUGAAGCACUAUGAGGGUUAGCCCUCCAGUGGCCGUUGGUGGAGACAUUCUCGGCGGCGCCGCGUGGCAGUGCUGGAGGACUGCGCACCACUCACCUCUGCGUGACCCGGGGCAGGAGAUGGGCGGGGCUUGGAGCAGGUGGGGCCAGAGGUGGAGAUUCUGGAUGCCAAGACAAGGGAAAAGCUGUGUUUUCUGGACAAGGACCCCUAGAGGUGAUGUCCCUGCCCUGCCUCUCCAGGUGGAGCCCCAGGCCACCAUUGCGGAGAUCAAGAACCUCUUCACCAAGACCCACCCACAGUGGUACCCGGCCCGCCAGUCCCUGCGCCUGGAUCCAAAGGGAAAGUCCCUGAAGGACGAAGACAUCUUGCAGAAGCUGCCUGUGGGCACCACAGCCACACUGUACUUCCGGGACCUGGGAGCACAGAUCAGCUGGGUGACGGUCUUCUUGACAGAGUACGCCGGGCCCCUGUUCAUCUACCUGCUCUUCUACUUCCGGGUCCCCUUCCUCUAUGGCCACAAAUAUGACUUCACAUCCAGUCGGCACUCAGUGGUGCACCUCGCCUGCAUCUGCCACUCAUUCCACUAUGUCAAGCGGCUGCUGGAGACGCUCUUCGUGCACCGCUUCUCUCAUGGCACCAUGCCCUUGCGAAACAUCUUCAAGAACUGCACUUACUACUGGGGCUUUGCUGCGUGGAUGGCCUAUUACAUCAACCACCCUCUCUAUACACCCCCCACCUACGGAGCUCAGCAGGUUAAGCUGGCGCUGGCCAUCUUUGUGAUCUGUCAGCUGGGCAACUUCUCCAUCCACAUGGCCCUGCGGGACCUGCGGCCGGCUGGGUCCAAGACCAGGAAGAUCCCAUACCCCACCAAGAACCCCUUCACGUGGCUCUUCCUGCUGGUGUCCUGUCCCAACUACACUUACGAGGUAGGGUCCUGGAUUGGCUUUGCCAUCAUGACGCAGUGCCUGCCAGUGGCCCUCUUCUCGCUGGUGGGCUUCACACAGAUGACCAUCUGGGCCAAAGGCAAGCACCGAAGCUACCUGAAGGAGUUCCGUGACUACCCACCCCUGCGUAUGCCCAUCGUCCCCUUCCUGCUCUAAGGCCCCUGUCCUGUGUCCCCUGGGGUGGCACUGCUGCCCCUUCCUGGAAUAAACGCUGCCCGGCUA